AGAGAGUGUGCCUGCUCGGUCCCAGAACUCUGUUUACUUUCUCUUCUCUGCUAAGGAAGGCUGGUUAACUGGGACCGCGGAGCACACAGGCCUACCAGGGCAAUGCUUGUUCUGAGACCUUAACUUUUAAGAGCCCUUUGUUCCAUACGUUAUUGUGGACGAUGCUCUUGCAGGAUGCCUUUCCUUUUGGGUCUUAGACAGGAUAAGGAAGCCUGUGUGGGCACCAACAAUCAAAGCUAUAUCUGUGACACAGGACACUGCUGUGGACAGUCUCAGUGCUGCAACUACUACUAUGAACUCUGGUGGUUCUGGCUGGUGUGGACCAUCAUCAUCAUCCUGAGCUGCUGCUGCGUCUGCCACCACCGCCGAGCCAAGCAUCGCUUGCAGGCCCAGCAGCGGCAACAUGAAAUCAACCUGAUCGCCUACCGGGAAGCCCACAAUUACUCAGCGCUGCCAUUUUAUUUCAGGUUUUUGCCAAACUAUUUACUACCUCCUUAUGAGGAAGUGGUGAACCGACCUCCAACUCCUCCCCCACCAUACAGUGCCUUCCAGCUACAGCAGCAGCAGUUGCCUCCACAGUGUGGCCCUGCAAGUGGCAGUCCCCUGGGCGCUGAUCUCACCAGGGGCUCCCAGGGGGCACAGAGCAGCCCCUUGUCUGGGCCCAGCAGAAGCAGCACGAGACCCCCGAGCAUCACUGACCCUGAGCCCUCCGAUGUGCCAGCCAACCGAGCAGCCACCAAAGCCCCUGGAAUGGAGCCUAGUGGCUCUGUGGCCAGCCCGGGGGAGCUGGACCAAGGGGCCUUCCUGGACAAGGAUUCUGAAUGUAAGGAGGAGCUGCUGAAAGAUUACAGCUCUGAGCACGGCAGCACACCCCCUGACAGCAAAGACAAGACACCUGGGAGACAUCGCCGCUUCACAGGUGACUCGGGAAUCGAGGUGUGUGUGUGCAACCGGGGCCACCAUGACGAUGACCUCAAAGAGUUCAACACGCUCAUUGACGAUGUUCUGGAUGGACCCCUGGACUUCUGUGACAGCUGCCAUGUGCAGCCUCCUGGUGAUGAGGAGGAAGGCCUCUGCCAGCCCUCCGAGGAGGAGGCUCAAGAGCCUGGGCACCCCCACCUAAUACGGCCACCCGCAUGCCUGCUGCUGAACACCAUCAACGAGCAGGACUCUCCAAACUCUCAGAGCAGCAGCUCCCCCAGCUAGAAAAGGCCCUGCCUGCACCCGAGAACUCAGCAAAGCAACCAGGGUAGGGGAGAACCACGAGAAAAGCAUUAAGUGACUUUCAAAGAGAGUGGUACAGCCACUUUCUUUUUUUUUUUUUUUUUUUCUUUUUUCCUCCUCCCCUGCAUUUUCGUGCAUCACUAGGUACAGUUUGAGGUAUAGAUGCCUCUCCCCUGACAAAACCACAGUGUUGUGGUGGGCUGAGAAGUUGGUUCUGUGACUCAUUCCUUGUACCCCACUCACAAUCCCUUUUUUCCCCUUUUCAAAUCAUAUCUCAUCUACCUGUUUGGUUCAGAGAGAUGUGUGUUUUAAAUGCCCCAGGGAAGGGGGCUGGACUUGCCCUGAGAUGAUUCUUGGUGAUGGAGUGAAUUUAUGCUCUGGUUUUUGUUUAAGGAAACUUUGCUGUGUCUCAGUCCAGGAGAGGCAGGCAUCUUGGCCCUGGGUGAAGGAAGCCCACGGAGGCCCAGAGAUUGUCACCUGUGGCUGCCAGCGUCCUUAGAGCUGGAAUUGGGCUAACCCUGUGGGAGGAUGACAGUGGAUGACCUUAUGGUAGGUUGGUAGGGGGCUUGUGGAUCUCUUCAAUUCCAUGUGACAAGCUCGGUGCACCACUGUGCAUCCUUGAGGGCUCCUGUCCAGCAGGCUCUGGCUGGCUGCAGACUGGUUCAGCUGUGGAAAAUUAUACUUCCUUCUCUUUGGUUUUUCUUUUAAAAACAAACAACAAAAGCCAGCUGAAAACAAGAACCUUACCAGUGGGUAGACAAGAAUUCUCUUCUGGAAAAGGGAAAUUUAUGGCUCUUUCCCAAAUUGGCCUUGAAAGAGCCUGACUGGAGUUGAGCCAGAAGGAGGUAAUUUGUGUGAAGGCUUGCGUGGGGGCUAUCUUGGGAAUUUCUGUGAGCCAGAGGCCCCAAGCCAUGGUGGUGGAUAGAGGUGCAGCUUUCUGCAUCUCUGCCCUUUGGUCUGUGCCCACAGGUGACCGAUGUCCUCCUUCCACUCAAGCGCACACUCUGUGGGCCCUCAUGUCUCACUGUCCAUAUGAACAAACAGACUGAGAAAGCCGUGGGUCCUGAGAAAGGGCAGCCCCGUAACCUGGCUCUCACACAGUAUUUUCUCUUGGAAUCUGAAUAAAUUUUUGUUGUUGUUGUUGUUUUAAACUGACCACUUGGAAGAAAUACCUUGGUUAUCUGUGGUUUUCAAGCCCUGUCCCUACUCCCACCCUUUUUGAGUGGGGUGACUAAUUUUUCUGUGGUGUAUGUAAGGAGUCUAAGUGGCCCCUUUGGAUCCAGGUAGGAGGGUAAAGGCAGCCGUCCAGAAGGCCGGCAGGAUUCUUAUUACCGUUGUUUGGCUUCAGAUAACCAGUUGAGCUUUGAUAGGAAUAAUCUGAAUGGAGGAAGCAAACAGCUGAAACUAACAUUCCUCAUCCAGCCAUGUUCAUAUAAGAGUUUGGUUCUUUCCCCACUCUUGAAUGAAGAUAUUCAGACUAGGCAUUGACGUUUUGGUAAGAAAGGAAAAAACAAAACAAAACAUAUAUAUAUAUACACACACGUAUAUCCAAAACCAGACAAAUCCAAGGCUGUGAGGUGAACGAGUGUCUGCGUUUGGAUUCCACAAAACCAAAAUCCAUGUCGAACAAAGUGAAGUUCAUACAUAAUGACUUUUUGGAUGUCCUGUGUGUGUCUGUCCACUGUGUGUGAACCCCAAGCCCUGUUUUCCUGUGAAGAUACUUUGAAUGGCAGCCAUUCUGCUCGCGUUAACCACAUGUCUGCAGCAAAAUAUGGCCCUCUCAAGGUAAUUUAUUUUACGCAUUUACUGUUUACUGAACAAAUGUCUGACUGUGUACUCGGGUGUAUUCAGCAGCAGCAUCGACGGCAGCUCCCUGUGCUUGCCAGAGAUACUGUGCUCGAAGUAGAGAUUUUACUCUGCUCCUCACUGCGAUUUGCACAUUGCUUCGUGGAUACUCAGAGGCCUGUGUUGUGUUCCCUGUAAAUGGAAACAUGCUCUGAACCUGUCUGCCUCCCUCAGCUGCUCCUGGACCUCGGUAUCAGCUUCCAGGGGGCUGUCCACAACCACUUGGGACAGAAGACCAUGGUGUAAUUUCAGAUAGAAGCUUGAUUGGCUCUUCAGUGACAAGCUUGGACUAGCUAUGGCCCAGACGUGGGCUGUGCCCAGAAUUGCCAGGAGGCUUUGGUGGACACCACAAGGCCACAGGGCUCACCUCCCUUUACUGAGUUACAACAGGUGUGAGCAAGCUGGCAUGUGGCCAGAGUGGCUGGGGUGCAGCAGCCCUUGGAUGUCUUUCCUUCCGCCUUUUUUUUUUUAUAAUCCCAAACCACUCUGAAAUGUCUCGAAGUUCUACCAAAAUGAAUCCUCCUUCAGUUAACUGAUCAAAUGAAUAAAUUCCUGCUCUCUCAAGUUUCUUUCCCCAGUUAGAGUGGGGAACUAGUCUGAGCAUUAACUGUUGGAUUCACUGCAGCGUCCUACCCUAAAGGCAUGAGAAGAAGACAGUGCAACCUGCUGAGCUGGCCUUGAUUCCGGAGUCACCUUCUGGCCCCUGCCGCAGGAGGCUACCCGUUUCUCUUCUCUCGGAGAGGGAUAGAAAUAAUUGGAGAAAUAGGUAGGGGGCCAGGGAGAUUUGACUGAGUCUGGUUUUCCAGGUGAAUGAGAAGGAAGGGCUUGAUAGAGGGCAUGGUGCUACAGUCAGAAGAUUUGCAAAUGCUAACACAUUCCUGUGUGAGGCACAUCACCAUUUGUCAGUUAUUGUGCAUAUGUGUAUUUUAAGCAAUAAGAUUCAGCUGGUCAGACUUUUCUGGGCAGUCUUGGUGACACAUUUCCUGUGCUGUGAUUGUUCUGAAGACAGAGUGGCUCUAACCACUGUGAGAAGCCCAAAUAAAAAUCAGUCCCCAAAA